AUGGGUCGGUGGUCGUACCUUGACACGGACGAAGCGCGCCUGCCCGAUGGCAUGAAGCGCGUAGGCUACGACGCCGAUACGCAGGUAUACACAUUUCUCGACGCCCACGACGGCACCUACUGGGAGAGCGCACCGGGGAACCAGUACGGAAAGUUGUUCCCCCCGGACGCCGAGCUCCAGGAAGGAGAGUGGGAGCCUCCCACCCCGACGUCGCCGACGGGCCCGCGCCGACAGGAUAGCUUGGUCCGCAAAUUUAUCAAGCGCUGGAACUCGGUGCGGCUGUCGAGGUCGAGCUCGGCGGCGUCCGGUACCCUCGUCGGAGAAGACGCGGCGGCGGAAAAGAUCGAGUACGAGCCGGAUACGAAGAUGGGAGAGGCGGGGGUGUACGCUUCGAGCCCGAGCUCGAUUCGCAGCUCGCCGUCGUCUGUGGAUAUUUGCACCGCUGCGGAAGAUACGAAGAAGUCGCCAAUUGCUGGGGCCGGGAAGGAGACGGAGUAG